UCUAAAAGGGAGGUAUUUUCUAGGCAUUUUGCUGAGCAGGAGCUAUGUAUAACGUGAGUAUUUUUCUGUCACUUAUAGGUGCUGAAGCUGAAGCUUAAUCUCAAGAAUUUGUAAACCAUAGAAGCUGAAGGCCCAAGCUGGUUAUUUCUCCUGUUUUAACUACUACAAUGAACAUGCCAAUACUUGGAAGAGAUAGAGGUUGAGGUUGAGGUAGCUCAUAAAUCACAAGAAAAGCAAGAAAUACAACACCCAUUGCUACCCUAAAUCUUAGAGACAAUGCUCCAUCAAGCUCGGAUGACUCAAUUGAGCCACCAAAUGUUUUCCAGAGCACUGAACCCUAUGAGCUAAUAGUCGAUUCGCCUAGAAGCACAAAUGGUAAUGUUUUAUUUAAUUUUCCGUCUAUACAUACUAAUGUUAACUUGUAUGGAAUCAUUUGGGGAGAUAUUUGAUUGUUCAAUGAUGAUUAUAAUAUGGUGGUUCAUGAUACCUUAGUACCGCCUACUCGAAAAUGUGGGUGUGAAGCAGCUAAGAGCAUAGAAUUUGACAAACUUCGCAAGCAUGGGAAGAUAAUAUUGAAGAUAAAGGAUUGUGAGACUUCACCUUGUUGUGAAAAUGCUGUUGUGUUUACAUCAAGGGUUACGUGGAUAUUGAAGCACCAUGGUGACUUGAGUCGUGCUAGUUAGCAUGACGUACAUUGUAACGAGAAGGAAGAGUUGAUUAGUUUUGGGGGUAAUAUAACACCAACUACAUGCAUGUUCUACGUAUAGGAUAUGAAUUUGAGUAUGCUCAUUUAAAUGUUAAUUUCUAGCUAAACUUUAUUAAUAGUUGUACGAUGUUCGUCUCUAGGCUAACUUUAUCCUAGACUGGUCAAAGAAUAAUCAUCGUGAUACGGUAACAAAGACUCAGUAGAAGAGGUAUAAUCAUAUUUGGUAUGAUCUACAUGGUACAAGCAGUACAAGAAUAAUGAAGAAGCCCUUGCCAAUGGCCCUUAGUUGGUACCGCCAGAUAGUUGGGCCAAGUUAUGCCCCAGAUGGUCAAGUGAGGGCUUUAAGGUAAUUCCACUUCAUGCUUAACUACAUGAUGUGGAAUUCGGGUACUUUAUUAUUUCCUAUUCAAAUGUUAAAGAUUUGUGUUAAAUAUUAUUUAGAGUAAAAAUUUUGUACUAACCACAAUUCCUCCAUGUUAAACAUUGAGGGAAUGAUUAUGAUUUCCCAACCCCAGAGUCUCCAUUAUUUUUAGUCCUUGGAUAUAGUGAUGGCUAAACUCCAUUUUGGUCAAUCUAGUUUUUUAUGUAUUAUUUCAAUGGGUGAAUAUUUUUCUUCUUUAGUAUAUUUACUUAUUAUUUAUGUUAUGACAUGAGUUACAGAGGAUAUCUGAGCGAAAUAAAAAUAAGGGAGAAGCAACAAACUAACCACACAGCUGGAAGAACCUCGUUUGUGUGGAUUCUAUAAAUGAGGUCCGAGACUGAUGGUGAUAAUUUGGUUGAUUUCUUCAAAGAGAACUUGAUGGUGGCCAAAAUGUUUGAACUUGAGCUUGAGAAGUGGACAAAGGAAACUGCAGCAGAAGUAUUUAGGGAGGUCUUGGGAUACAAGUCAGGAUUUGCCAAGGGACUGAGUGAGAUGGUUAUUUCCAAGUCCUCUAAACAACGCAAUAAUGAAAGAAUUGCAGAAUUAUCAAUAACAACCGAGAGGCACGAGAAAGAUGCUGAGUAUUACAAGAGGCAGCUCGAAGAAUUAAGAGGGGAUGUGCAAGUUUUGUUGGAGCAGCAAACAACAUAUGACAAGUUUAUAAGCACAUAUAUGUCAGAGAGGUGGUCCCAAUGAGAGUCUCAUGGAGAGACUCAGGGACCUGCAUAACUACCUUUUUUGCCACAGCAAAAUUUUUUGUGAUUUUGGGUAAGUAGAUGAUAUUCACUGUAGUAUAACAUAAAAAGCGUUGUUGGAGUCUAACAUUUUGUUGAUGCUUGUCAGAUUGUGGGGCAUGGAAUGAUCUUUAGUAAUGGUUUCUUGGAGCUAUGGGUAGCAGAAAGAAAUGAAGCUAGAAAUGAUAUCAGACCCUGCAUAGAUGACUAGAGCUGCAUGUUUGAAGUGAAAAAAAUGAACCUCAACCUCUUACAUAUAUAAAUAUUUUGAGAUAUUCAUAUGAAUCUGGUCAAACUAAUCAUUGGUUGUGCUAUUUUGGUGACACUCAUUGGAAAAUUGGCUUUUGAUGACAAUAUUCAAACUAUAGGAUUGGUUGGGCUAGAUGAAAGGCAUGGUAUGUAGUUGACUUAACUUAAAGUAAAGGGCAAAGUGCAGUCAAAGUGUUGAGCUGUCAAGCUAUAGGACUUAUUUCUCUGGAGAUGGAAAUUUGUGACUAAUCUAUAUAUAAAGUACUAAAUGAGGAGUACUGAAUCUUGGCCAGGAUACAUGUUCACAAGUAAGUUAUUUGUAUGCAAGGUUUGGCAUUAGUGCAAGGCCUCAUCAUGUGUUUUUUUUUUUUUUUUUUCAUGCUUAUUUAUGUGGUUAUGCAUUAAUGAGUAUAUAGUGUUUGAUAUUUGACCAAACUCUAUAUAUACCAAGUUUCCAUAAAUCAAAUGAUAAAAGAAGUUCUCGAUCGUCUAUUAAUUUUACUAUAUACUUUUAUGGAUUAAGGAAUUUCUAUAUCCUUUCUGAUUUAGCCUAACUCAUAUGUAAGAUGCAGAUUACAAUUGGUUACAUCAAGAACAUUGAAGCAAAACCACCAAAAUAAGUACGAAAUGACUAGUAGAAUGCAACUAGCUGCAUGAUUUGGAAAUCAUGAAUGUACCUCCCUACUUAUCAUUUAUGCUAUAAUUAUAUUUCUUAAUGACUACAAAAAUGCUAUAAGGUGGAUGUUUUUAAUGCUGCCAGCAUAUAAAGGUAUGCAAGAUGGUUUUUGUAUAAUUUUCGAAAAUUAUACACUAGGUAACUUGCAAUAUAUUCUCCUUACAGAAUUUUGGAUUGAUUACAUACCAUUAUUAUUGAUUGAGAUAAUCAAGAUUAUUGUUUAUAUAUUUGUAGGACUUUGAGAAGGUAAAUAUCAAAAUGGAGCUGUAAAGAUUUGUAGGUUGAUGGUUUGAGAAGAGAUCAUGAAGAACUGAAGAAUCUUUCCAGUUUGACAAGCCUUGAGAUCAAUGUCAUUCAUGAAGACUUGCUCAUAGGAACACUGGUUAGAAAGACUUGCUCACAAGUUAAGUAUCGCUUGAGCUCACUAUCAAGCUCACCUCGAGUGAACUCACAAGUUGAAUUUCACUCAAGCCCAUUGUAGAGUGAUAGUCUAGUGAACUCUUUGUU